AUGGUGGGUCAUCAGGAUACUGAGUGCAGGAAAGGAACUAAAAGAGUGUGGGUUCAGAAACAACAAGUGCAACCAAUGAUUCACACUCCUGUUGUGGAUCAGGAUGGUUUCCAGAGAGCUCUUAAACCAAUAAGGGUAAGGAGCUCCAUAGCAGUUCCCACUCAAGUUACUAAUACAUUCCAGCUGUUGAAUGCAGAUGAUGUUGGAACUGAACCAGUGAGAGGUCUUAACCUAGCUAAAAAACAAGGUGUUGUGAAGAGCUUCAUUCACAAGCAUCAUGUGGGGUUGGUGGGACUUCUGGAACAUAAGGUAAAGGUUUCUAAGCUUGGAAAUCUGUACCAGAAUGUGUUUUUGAACUGGUGUUUUACCAGUAAUAGUAGUUUUCAUGAUGGAGGGAGGAUUGUGCUUGCUUGGAAUCCUAGUAGCUUUACUGUGAGCAUUUUGAGUGUUACAUCUCAACUUAUUCAUUGUUCAGUUCAGGUAGUGGGAAGUUCUCAGAAGUUCUUUUGUACUUUCAUUUAUGCAUUUAAUGAAAGUCAUAAAAGAUUGGAGUUGUGGAAAGAUCUUAAAACUUUGUACACUCAGGAUCCUUGGAUUGUUUGUGGUGAUUUCAACUGUAUUAUGGCUGCUGAGGAAAGAAUAGGAGCUCUAGUCAGAAGUGGUGAGAUUGUGGAUAUAUGUGAAUGUAUGCAUUUCUGUGGUAUGGAGGAUGUUAAGAGUCCGGGGAAUCAUUUCACAUGGAAUAACAAACAUCAAGGUUCAGCUAGAGUUUUCUCCAAGAUUGAUAGAGUAAUGGAAAACUCCACCUGGCAAGGCAAUUAUCCUACAACUGAGGUAUGUUUUAUGAAUGAGGGAACUUUUGAUCACUCCCCUGGUUUGAUCACAGUUUACCCUAGAAUUGAAGGGGGUAAAAAGCCUUUUAAAUACUUUACUAUCUGGAAGAGCUCUUCUGAGUUCACUUCCAUAGUAAAGGAUCAAUGGGAUAAGCAGUUCCAUGGUACUAAGAUGUAUGUGGUAGUGAGUAAAUUGAAGCAAGUAAAGUUUGCUUUAAAAGAGCUAAAUAGGAAGGGUUUCAAUGAUAUACAGGCUGCAGAUUUGAAAGCUUUUAAUGAGUUGACUGCAGCUCAAAAAGCUAUGCAUUUGAAUCCAACUGAUCAUGCCCUUGCUGAUUUGGAACUGCAAGCUAUAAAAGAAUAUAAAAUGAAGCAUGAGGCCUAUUUGGCUUUCUUAAGACAAAAGGCAAAGUUAUAUUGGCUGAAAGCAGGAGAUGAGAAUACUAAUCUUUUUCAUCAGAGUAUUAGACAGAGAUGUUCCCAGAAUCAGAUUUAUAGUAUUCAUGAUAUGCAUGGAGGCUGGAAGGAGGAAUCUGGUGAUGUGACUAAGGCUUUCCUGGAAUAUUAUGACACUCUAUUGGGCACUACUCAACCUAAUAGGAGAGUGGUGCUCAGGCAUAUUGUUCACUCAGGUCCACUCAUUAAUGAUACUCAUAGAGCAAUUCUUAAUGCUCCAUAUACUGCUGAGGAAGUGAAGAAAGCAUUAUUUUCCAUUCCUGGGGUUAAAGCUCCAGGACCAGAUGGAUUUGGUGCUUAUUUUUUCAAAGAUACAUGGGAAAUUGUAGGUGAGGAGGUGGUUGCUGCCAUUCUGGAUGUGUUGCAACAAGGGAAGCUUUUGAAGGAGCUGAAUCAUACUUGUGUUACUAAAGUUUUGUGUGGCAGGCUCAGACAAAUUUUACCUGAUUUGAUUCUAGAAAACCAGGGAGGUUUUGUUCAUGGAAGACAUAUUGUCCAUAACAUAAUGGUGGUGCAUGAUCUAGUUAAGCAUUAUGGAAGGAAAGAUGUUAAACCUAGCUGCUUAAUGAAGAUAGAUUUGCAGAAAGCUUAUGAUACUGUGGAUUAG